AUGGGUGGCCCCUACGCCCCUCAAAUUGCCCAACUGGGUGGCCGCCCAACAGUCGACGUGGAUGUCCCCAUCUGCUCGAUUUUCCUUGCUCUCUUUCUCGCCUGCGGCAUCUGCCAUAUGACGAUCUUUCGUCGAAAUCUCGCUAGGGGUCACAAGUUUAUCCCCUCUGCGGUUACCUUUGGUUUUUGCAUGUCGCGGGUCGUCGCAAAUGUCAUGCGCAUCACCUGGGCUUGUUAUCCGAACAAUAUCCGCGUCGCUCUCGCCUCACAGAUUUUCGUCGCGGCCGGCGUUUUGCUCCUAUUCAUCCUGAACCUGCUCUAUGCGCAACGGAUGCUGCGUGCUGCAUUCCAAACAUUUGGCUGGUCAAGAGGGGUCUCCUGGGCAUUCAAGGUGCUGUAUAUACUGGUACUUCUAACCAUUAUCAUGAUCAUCACGGUUGUCAUUCAAAGCAUGUACACUCUCAACGCAAACACCCACCGCAUUGAUCGCGACAUCCAGCUCUACGGCGUUACCUACUUCGCCAUUGUUUCUUUCCUUCCUCUCCCGAUCGUGGCCCUCAUGCUGCUCUUCGUACAAGAGAAACACGUUGCCCCUUUUGGCUCGGGAUCCUGGCGCUCAAAGGCUCUCAUCGUCCUUACGGCCGGAACUCUUCUAUGUCUGGGUGCCUCGUUCCGUGCUGGCACAACUUGGAUGGCUCCCCGGCCGAUUACCGACCCGCCGCGCUAUAUGCACAAGGCUUGUUUCUAUGUGUUCGACUUCGGAAUUGACAUAUUGGUCGUGAUUAUCUUCCUGUUUGGUCGUGUCGAUAAGCGCUUCCAUGUGCCGAACGGUAGCUCCAAGGUGCGACACUACCGGGGCGAGCAGGACAUUCAGAAGAACCAACUCCACGAUCAGACUCAAGGUCUUGAUACCAACCAGGCACCGCAAGAUGUGGAGAAUAGUAGUACCGAGGGAAUCCCUUAUGCUUCUCGUCAAGACGAGAAGAUUAGUACUUGA